AUGGACCGCGAAACCCAACGCCCCAGUCAGGGCUGCUUUAAGCACGAUCAUCCUUGUCAGUUCCGACGGGCAUGUCCAGGUAAUCGCGCGGGAGAUAGACGGUCUCAACUAACACCAGAAGACUCUAAUAUUCAAGUUAUAUGCGUGGCCAUCGGCAAUGAUGCGGCUAUUCGCUUCGUGGAAUCAAUGGUGGAAAGCAUGAUACCGAAGCAACUGGAGCAACGACUGGACCAAGUACAUGGCGGCAUUGGUGCUCUCACUAAGACAGUGGGGGCUACGAAGGCCCGUCAGCAAUCAAUCAACUUCCUGCCAAUGUUGGAGGAUAAAAUGGCGAAUGUCAUGAAAACAGCUGUCCAGCAGCUGCAAGGAGAGGAUGACAGUAUUCACGGUGACCAGAAUUUUUGCGUAGGGAGUCAGACCCACCAGUAG